AUGGCUCCUACGACAGAUAUCGACAGCUCGGAAGAUGUCAAUGACUUUCUUCUGCGCAUUCGGGAACUAGGAGAGAAGCGCGAUAAGGAGGAUGAGGAACGCACGAAAAAGUUGGAGGAGGAAAUUCUGCAGGGGCGCAAAGAGAGACAGGCCCGAAGAGCCGAGCGGGCGCGAUCGAUUUCUCCCACAAAAGAUUCCCCCAUUCUUGAUGCAGCACGGUUGAGCAUAUCCUCGACUCUCAGCCACCGUGCAAUUGAACCUCCCGAACAAUUUGGACCAUCCCUCCAUACCCUGAGCCGGGACUCGGACAGCAGACCCGAAUCCAUUGGGGAUGACACAUCAACAACCACGGACGGCGGCCGGAGAGGAUCCACACUGACCGGAGUCGAUGGCGAGUUACCAUCUAAACCCUUCUCACCUUUGCGGAGUAGAACGGGGACUCUGUCCUGGCAGCAAAGGCCAACAUCUCGUGAUAGCAACAGACAAUUUUUUUCAUCAUCUCCUUCCAGAUGGCGAGCCAUGUCCACAGCUUCGACGGAUGAGCAGAAUGUGAAUCGGAACUCAUUCGCAGCCUCACCCACAUUCAAGGAUAUUUCGUGGGCGCGCCAGACAGAAGGAAGCGUUUCCCCAACCCGCAGCAAACAUAUGGAGGACGAGAGGCCAAGAACACCGGUUUCCGAAGCCAGUUUCCAGCACCAAGAAGCCGAAAAGGAAUCCACUCCAGAACCUAGAAAGGAGAUCGAUCACCUAGAGAGCGUUGAGGGACGAUCUCGAUCGCCAUCUAGAGCCAGUUCGACCUUUGCAGAGAGUAGCUUGGGCCACCGAUACUCAAGCGUCUCUUCUGUCUCUACCGCGACAGGACUCGGCUCUCCGCUGCCUCUGACAAGCGCUCAGAAGCUGGAGCCCCGUAAGCCCGAAGAGGUACUAGAGGAUCAGAUGUCUUUCCCUCCUUCUCCGAGGCGACUUUCUCCGGAACGGUCGACGUCACCAACAAAGGGUCUCGGCGGAUUUGUGCAGAGCGCCAUGAUGAAGCGAUCCGAUAGUGUGUCGAAGAGAUGGAGCGCCCAGCUUCCAUCGGGUCUUAGCCGGCCAAGUUCGGUUGCUAGCAGCCGUAACAGCUUCGUCGGGAAUGAGACCUUCCCAAACUCGCCCUCAUAUAGAUUGAGCCGCGAAGUUCCAAGCCUCUCACCUCAGCGGCCGACCUCCAGCCAUCGGCCUACAUCGAGUCACCGGCCUGGUUCGAGCCAUAGCGAGGCAACUGUCAUCGACCCUGCCAGAGACAGUGGACGACCGGCAACCCCGCCAGUUCCCAUUCCCGAAAAACAAGAGAGCAAUGCACUGGCUGACGAGGGGACCGCCAGGCCCCCUCUCAGCCUCCAAACGCGGUCAGCUAGCUCUGUUGAAAAGGGCCCAGACUCAAGUUCUUUGCCUUCUUCAAGUCCAGUAGUUUCCAGGACCAUGGAUCCUAGGAGAUGGAGUCCUACCAAAGCCAGCUGGUUGGAAAGUGCCUUGAAUCGUCCUCCUGACUCACCGAAGCACAAGAGGCAGCAGUCCUUUCAACAACCGUCAUGGGUUAGGGAGAGGCAAUUGCGGAGCAGUGUUGAUCUGGGACGGACUUCUAGCUUCAAAGAAGUCACGCCCGUGGGGCUCAUGCGAACGGCUGCUCCGGGCACUCACUCCAAAUCAUCCAGUGUGUCCGGGAUUCCAAAUCUCUUCUCUGGAGCCGACACGGGCAAGGCCAAACCAGAUGAUUUCGCCACCAUUCUGUCCCCUACUUUGAAGGAGCCCGGCCUUGAUCUCGUUCCUAAUGAGGACUUUCCAGAGGCGGAGCCGAAAGACAGCGAGCCGGCUGAACCCAAAGAUGAUCAUGCGACAUUCGAACCACCAGAUGAUGUCCCCGCUAAUGAUGUCCCCACCCCUGCUCCUGAGCUGAAGGACAGCAUAGUCGAAAAUCUACCCAAGGACGGACCGGAAUUUUUGCCCAAUGACAGCCAGCCGGCUCACAGUUCCAAAGACAAUGAACAAGCAGCACCUUUGGAGGAGAGUGUGGAAAUCCCGCCCCUCUCCACAGCAGAUACAGAAACAGAAGUCGCAGAAGACAACACCAUGAAGCCUGCAUUGAAAUUGUCAAAUCGAAGCCCGAUUGCCAAGACCGUACUUGACAUGCCUCUUCCAUCUCCAACUCGCGACCCGCUCUUAAACAGGCCCAAGCCACAACCAGCUGUGAUCGAUUUCCGAGCCAACCUUCGACGCCGCGAAAUUGUCAAAGAUGAAGCGCCUAAAGAGGAGCCAGAAUUUAAAAACGUUUUUGGAAAGCUGAAGAGGGCCGGGGCAUCGACCUAUGUACCCCCCGAUGACUUAAAAGAAAAUAUCUUAAAAGGCAAAGCGGCGCUCAGUACGACGAACGGUCCUCAGAAAUCGCCAAAGACUGAUGACCUAAAAGAAAGCAUACUCAAACAAAAGGAAGCAAUCAAAACUAAUGGGGGCUCAACUAGGCGAAACACUGCCGGAGAAACGGACGCUCCCAUGAAAUUCGUCCCAGAAGCGAUUGCAAAGAGGAACAACUUGACCAAGUCUAUCAGUUCUAGAAGCAACCUAUCCACUACUGACGCACCGUCUCCCCGCUCACCACUUUCGCCGCUAUCACCUUUUGAGCCGCCGAUGUCUCUAGAACCACAGGCUCUAAACCUUUCUCCUACUCGGCCGGAUACCAACGCCACCAACGAAAUGGCUCACGAUUUUGAAGAAACCGUCGAACUAUCUGAAACCCCCAUGGGUAGCUUUGACGGACAUCAACUUGGGACAGAGAGUGAAGCAUUCGAAAAAAGGGCCAGUUACAACAAGGUGGAAUCUUCCCAGCACGUCGAAGCGGAUUUGCCGACUACAGAAGGUCAAGAGGAGGCUCAGGGUCAUAGAGACGUCUCCCCGGCUCGUUCAUCAGUUCAUUCAUCGGUGCGUUCCUCGGUGCAUUCCGUGCAAUCCUCAGUACGGUCGUCGGUGCGUUCUCUGUCUCCGGUGGAACUGGACCAGACUCCACAUGCGCCUGCUGCGGCUGAAAGUACCGCUGCUAAAAGUAAACUUGCAGGCCGAAUCAAUCCUGCCUUAGCAGGACUUCUGUCUCGCGGGCUGCCAACCACUGGCAACGGCUCUGCCACGGGCCUUUCCAUCACCGGCAGCCUCUCAACGGGAAGCUCAGAACAGCAGGAGCCACAACCCCCGGCCCCCCUCACGCACAUGACGAAAAGCCGGGCAAGAGGUCCAAAAAGGCGUUUGCCCAUAGGGUCGGCAUUUGAAUUUAAAGAGUUGGCCGCAGCGACAGAGGUCGCUGUGGAACACCCUAAAGAUGGGGUUGCCAAUGAACACGAUAUCAAAGAGAGACUCGCAGACGAGAGAAUGAGUGAGGAGAAAAGACUUGAAGCAGAGAAGCUCGCAGCGGAGAAACUUUCUGAAGACAAGCUUGCAGAGGAGCAGAGACUCGCGGAAGAGCAGGCAAAACUCGCCGAGGAGCAAGCGAGGCUUGCUGAGGGGAAGCUCGCCGAGGAGCAAAGACUUGCAGAGGAGCAGAGACUCGCAGAAGAGCAGAGACUC